CUCUCCUCCCUCCUCCUCCUCCUCUCCAGCCACUGUUGACGUCCACGGCUCUGUCACCCGCAUCACCGGUCUCCACGCUGCUCUCCGGUCCAGUCAUGUAGUCAUUAUGUCUCCUGUGUUCACAUCCGGUCUCUGUCUGUCCUCUCCUGGCUCUUCUGCGCUGUUUCUCUCAGUUUUGUUGCAGUUAGUUCACCAGUCGUCGUUUCUGUCGGAAACUCUUGUUUUUGCGCUUUUCUGACGCUCUGUGGAGUUCAGCGCGCCCGAGCAUCCCGCACCGUCUCCACGCGUCGGAUCCUUCCUGCUGCUCCACCCGGACCCGACGGCUCGCGCUCUGCCGCUCAUUUCCCCGCGCGGUCACUUUACCGGCGUCGUGACUUCUAAUUGUUUCUUGGCGGGCUGGAAACCACCGGGGAAAAGGCUCAUAUGAGUGCGCCUCCGCUGAUCCGUGCGCCCAGCCCGCUCCCGUUCUCAGGGGGGACAAACAACACCGGCACUGGAGGAGGAGGAGGAGGAGGAGGAGGUGUGAUCUCCUUUCACAUCCAGAUCGGUCUGAGCCGGGAGCCGGUGCUGCUGGACGCCGCAGAGCUCAGCCUCAGUCAGGUCCGGGAGGUGGCGUGCUCCAUCGUGGACCAGAAGAUACCAGAGUGUGUUUUCUAUGGGAUGUAUGAGAAGAUCCUGCUGUUUCGUCAUGACCAGACGUCAGAAAACGUGCUGCAGCUGCUGCGCUCGGCUUCCCAGAUCCAGGAGGGCGACCUGGUGGAGGCCGUGCUGUCAGCUUCAGCCACAGUGGAGGACUUCCAGAUCCGUCCACACUGUCUGUUUGUUCACUCGUACCGAGCUCCAGCCUUCUGCGACCACUGUGGAGAGAUGCUGUGGGGACUCGUGCGACAAGGACUCAAAUGUGAAGGCUGCGGGCUGAACUACCACAAGCGUUGUGCCUUUAAGAUCCCCAAUAAUUGCAGUGGAGUGAGGAGGCGCCGCUCGUCUAACGUCUCCCUGACGGGGGGGCUGGUAAACCUGGGCCGCCCCCUCUCUGCUGAGCCCUCGCCGCCACACUACACUGACGAUGCUUUACUGUCUCCAGUCAGUCCCAGCAUGGAGCAGAAGAACCAGUUAGAUUACUUCCCUGGUAGAGAGCGGCGAUCGAGCUCUCAGUCGUAUGUCGGUCGUCCCAUCGAGCUGGACAAGAUCUUACUGUCGAAGGUUAAAGUCCCUCACACCUUCCUGAUCCACUCGUACACUCGACCCACUGUCUGCCAGCACUGCAAGAAGCUGCUGAAAGGCCUUUUCAGACAAGGUCUGCAGUGCAAAGACUGUAAAUUUAACUGUCAUAAACGAUGUGCUGCUAAAGUGCCGAACAACUGCCUGGGAGAAGUGUCCAAAAAUGGAGAGCUCCUGAGCCCGGGGGCGGAGUCAGACGUAGUCAUGGUGGAGGGUUGCCUUGACGACCAUGAUGUCGACAGGGGAGGCGGCCUGUUGGAUGACAUGGAUGAAGCCUUGACAGCAGAGGGGGGUCUCCUGCUGGACGUGGGGCCGAGCGACCUCUGCGACCUGCACGACCCCGACCUGGACGAGUCCAACCGGGCCAUCAGCCCGUCCACCAGUAACAACAUCCCUCUGAUGCGAGUCGUCCAGUCCGUCAAACACACAAAGAGGAAGAGCAGCAACGUGAUGAAGGAGGGCUGGAUGGUCCACUACACCAGCAAGGAUACUCUGAGGAAGAGACAUUACUGGCGGCUGGACAGUAAAUGCAUCACGCUGUUUCAGAACGACACAGGAAGUAAAUACUAUAAGGAGAUCCCUCUGUCAGAGAUCUUGUCUCUGGAACCGGCUCAGACUUUCUCUCUGCUUCCCGACGGAGCCAAUCCUCACUGCUUUGAGAUAGAAACAGCAUCACUGGUUUACUACGUUGGAGAGAACCUGCAGAGAGCUGAACCGUCUGUGACCGGCAGCAGCGUUCUGGUCAGCGGAGUGGGGCAGGAUGUGGCUCGGAUGUGGGAGAUGGCCAUCCAGCACGCUCUGAUGCCGGCCGUCUCUACAGGGAUUUCCCACAGCUCUCACUGCAGUGGACACAAGGAAAUUUCCAUCAGUAUUUCUGUCUCCAACUGCCAGAUCCAGGAGAAUGUGGAUAUCAACUCCGUGUAUCAGAUCUUCCCGGACGAGGUUCUCGGCUCAGGACAGUUUGGCAUCGUCUAUGGAGGUAAACACAGGAAGUCCGGCCGCGAUGUUGCCAUCAAGAUCAUCGACAAACUGCGUUUUCCCACCAAACAGGAGAGUCAGCUGCGCAAUGAAGUGGCCAUCCUCCAGAGUCUGCACCACCCAGGUGUGGUCAACCUGGACUGUAUGUUUGAGACUCCGGAGAGAGUGUUUGUCGUCAUGGAGAAGCUUCACGGAGACAUGCUGGAGAUGAUCCUGUCCAGUGAGAAAGGACGGCUACCUGAGAGGAUCACCAAGUUCCUGGUCACACAGAUCCUGGUGGCUUUGCGUCACCUCCACUUCAAGAACAUCGUCCACUGUGAUCUUAAACCCGAAAACGUCCUGCUGGCUUCUGCAGACUCAUUUCCACAGGUGAAGCUGUGUGAUUUCGGCUUCGCUCGGAUCAUCGGCGAGAAGUCUUUCAGGCGUUCGGUGGUCGGCACGCCGGCGUAUCUCGCUCCUGAGGUCCUGAGGAACAAAGGUUACAACCGCUCUCUGGACAUGUGGUCGGUCGGCGUCAUCAUCUACGUCAGUCUCAGUGGAACGUUCCCAUUCAAUGAGGAUGAAGAUAUUAAUGAUCAGAUCCAGAACGCUGCCUUUAUGUACCCUCCUCAUCCUUGGAAGAAAGUUUCCCAGGAAGCGAUUGACCUGAUUAACAACUUGCUGCAAGUUAAGAUGAGGAAGAGGUACAGCGUGGACAAGACCCUUAGUCACCCCUGGUUACAGGACUACCAGAUGUGGUUGGACCUGAGAAACCUGGAGUCGCGGAUAAACGAGCGCUACAUCACCCAUGAGAGCGAUGACCUGCGCUGGCAUCACCAUGCCCAGCUCAGCGGCCUGGACUACCCCAUGCAUCUCGCCAAUGGUCCCCGCAGCGAUGGCGGACAUGGGGUGGAGCGCUACCAGGAGCAGGAGGAGGAGCUGGAGACCCUGAGCGAGAGGGUCAGCGAACUCUGAGCAGCUUCACUGUAACAAAUGAAAGACAGCACAAACUAAAACAAGUGAGGAGACAUUUUAAGGUUCUGUUUAAGCCAACCUUUACUUAAAUGACUAAAACAAAUUAACAUUCAAAUCCAACUUUAAAUUUCCUUAACUGACUGCGUUUUUCGUCCAUUUUCUAUGGGAGCACAUUACAUUCACUCAAAAAUAUGUGUAAGUUAGGUUUAGUCAUGCAAGAUUUGUAUCUUUGUCUUCAUGAGAUAAGGAAAUUGUAAUAGAUUCUUGUUUGUUUUCAGAAAUAAUUAUCUUAGCCCAAAAUCAAUUAAGUGGUAAGGAUAUGUAAUUAUUUUAUCUCUUAAUUGCAAGAUUCUUAUUUCAAAGAUAAGAAGUAAA